CUCUCUUUCUUACUCUCUCUCCUCUCUCCGGUUCAUCAUCCUCCUCCUCCCUCCUUCUCCUCCACAUCCACGCCACCCGAACCAUCAUACUUGCCCGCCUCUUGGAUCACCCCGGCCUUUCUCUCCUCGACACUCCUCCCUCUUCUAUUCUCGUCCGAUUCAGUGUUCCUUGUUCACUUCCUACAACGCCUCAUCAAACUCGAUCUAUACAAUUCAUUCUUAUAGACCCGGUGGACAUUUUCAACUUUUUCGAUUUCGAUAUUACACUGCUCACGUACCCUACCCGCCACUCGCAGAGAGCCAACAGAACGCACAGAAAGCAAAAGGCAAGCAUCCCGCCGAUCCGGACAUUUAGACACGACCACCCAUCCUGCCGAGGCAGAUGCGUUAGAGCAUCCCGCCAAUAUGCCCGGAAUCCUACCUAUGAAAGUUAUCAAGGUCGGCAGCACCUCGCAGAGCCGUAUCGCCCAGGCCUGCGACCGCUGCCGAAGCAAAAAGAUUCGCUGUGACGGCGUCCGACCGUGCUGUACACAAUGCGCCAACGUCGGCUUCGAGUGCAAGACCAGCGACAAGCUCAGCCGUCGAGCGUUCCCCCGCGGAUACACGGAAUCGUUGGAGGAGCGGGUCAGAGCCCUGGAGAGCGAGGUGCGGGACUUGAAGAACUUGUUGGACGAGAAGGACGAGAAGAUCGAUGUCCUGUCCCGCAUACAUUCCUUCUCCUCGUCGCAUCAGAAGUCCCGGUCGCCGUCCGUGCCGGUUAAGACCAAUGCGUCCAAUCCCGCCGAGGAUUUGAUUCAGGUGCCGCAGUCCUCGCAGCCAGAGGAAACGGCUGAUGAGGAGUGUGCUGGUGUCUCCAGUGCCCGUGGUUUCUCUGGUAAGUAUUACUUCCCCUCCUAGGGUUGGAAGAUGUCGCCGUUGCCGCCGUUGAGGCAUUACCACUCACCCUGUCUAGAUACCUUCACCAACAGACUCAU